GUUUCCUCCAUUAAAUUUCUCGCUUCCUCUAUCCUCAUCCAAGCUGGUAAAUUACAUUUUCAAGUCCUUUGUCGAUUUCAUAAUACAUACAUUGAAAAUUAACUUUGUUUUAGAGACACUACUUGUUUAAUAGAUUGGAUGGCUCAUUCCCUGACCUUCAACACUCUACUCCUCAACCAUCACCAUCAGAGUCUCGGAUCCUUUGCCUCGCCAUCUAGAUCCAAAAGGAGAAUCUCGAGAGUCGUUAGAGCUGUGCAAGAAGAGGCUCAAGGAGGAGGAGGAGGAGGAGGCCCAAGAAGACUGAUCGACAUCAUCAGAACGGUUCCCGACAUCUCCAGGAACUACUUCAAGAAACCGUCGAGAAGGACGCUUUUCGGAGGGAUCUCGCUGCUGGGUGGGUUCUACGUCGCGCAGACCAUCUCCCUUUCGUUUGGAGCAUUGGGAGUGAACGACGUUAUCGCAGCGGUUCUGUGUGUUCUUUUGACGGAGUAUGUGACGAGGUUCUACUACAGCCGCACCACCGUGACGUUCCCCAUCGCUCUUCUCAAUAAUUUCAAGAUGGGUUUCACUUAUGGUCUCUUCAUUGAUGCCUUCAAGCUCGCUAGCUAGUGUAAAGAUUUUAAAGUUACAUUUAGUGUUAUUAGUAAAUGAUUUUUUCACAUCA